CUGAACGGUUCCGAACCUCAGCGGCGAGCGCCCGUCAACUCCACGUAUGCCCAGACCUUUUCCGCCUGUGCCUAUGUCCUGAAAAGCCUAAUUGACCCGGAUAUCCCGGUCAACGCGGGUUUCUACCGCUUGGUUCAGAUAGAUGCUCCGUUAGGGACGGUGGUCAACUGCACACCGCCGGCACCGGUCGUCGGUGGUUGGGAGACACAGGUCCGGUUGACCGAUGUUCUGCUCAAGGCACUUUCGCCCGCCAUCCCCGAUCGCAUUCCGGCGGGGACGAAAGCGAUGAUGUGUCAGAUGGGAUUCGGGGGCACUUCGCCGCGCACGGACGAACUCUACGCCUAUUACGAGACGAUGGCUGGCGGAUACGGUGGGCGGGUUGCUAGCGACGGACCCGAUGCCGUGCAGUGUCACGGACAGAACACCGAGAACGCCCCAAUUGAGGAAACAGAGAUUAACUAUCCGGUGCAUAUUGCUCGCUACGAGUUAGUGGAUGAUUCGGACGGCGCGGGUAAAUAUCGCGGCGGGCUUGGGCUGCGGCGGGACUACCUCUUUGACCAUGAGGUUUCGUUCACUAUCUUGGCGGAUCGAGAUCGGUGGGGACCUUGGGGGCUUUUCGGCGGAGAUGAUGGGGAGAUUGCACAUUACACACUGAACCCUGACAAUGAGGCGACCAAGCUUGGCUCCAAAGUCACCGUCCAACUGAAGCCGGGGGAUGUCAUAUGCGUUCAAUCCUGCGGUGGCGGCGGUUACGGUCCCGCUGUGGAGCGCGACCCGCAGUUGGUGUUACGCGAUGUGCACGAGGGCAAGGUGAGCCUUGAGCGAGCACGGGAGGUUUAUCGCGUGGCGAUUGAUCCGGAGGCUUGGGCUAUAGACGAGGCGGAAACCGAAAAGUUGCGGUCGGGACGCUGA